UCUGUCAUUUUGUUUAUUGUUGUAGGAGGCAUAUCUGUCUCCUAAACGACGAUUGUUAGGUCGAAAAAGAUGAUCGGAAACUUGUAAAAUGUGGAAUUCAUUCAUCUGUUAAUUGAUGUCUCCUCUUCUUCCUCUUUUACCCAAUCCAAAUAAUCUGCGGAACCGUUCAAAGGGAUUUGGAUUGGGUUUGACAUUUCCCAAUUCAUUCCGCAAAAUGGUGCCUUUACCGGCACCGGAAUUGAAGAGGUUAAGGAGGUCAGCCGUGGUGUUGGGUGUUUCGAAUGCCCUUAUCAUUAUCAUGGGAAUUCUUAUUGUUAUCGUCGCUCAUUCUACAUGUGGGGAAAACGACGGUACUGCGCCUGUUAUUCUUAUGAUUAUGGUUUCUAUUAUUAGGAUUGUUGCUAUGAUCGGAACUGGUAUUGCUCAGCAACAUACAGCUACCAGUAUUUUAACUUCUCAGACCGAUUUGCCUGAUUCUCAGCUUGCUAUUCGACAACAAAGACGGAGGAAAUAUAGGAGACUGUUAUUGUGGACUCGAAUUGCCUCAGUAAUUACAAUACUGCAACUUCUUGGGGCUGUUUUUCUUUUGUUCACUGUCACCAAUCUUUUGCAUCGUGAUACAGCAUCAAGCAACUGUCUGCGAGGGAUUCUCUCAAAUGGUUCAAAGUGGCAACGCAACAUGCUUAUUUUUUUUAUGGUUAUUAUAUCUUAUGUGGCUCCAGUACAAUGUAUUGCUGGGGCUGACGUCUUGAGAUGGAGGUCUUUCUAUGCAACAGAAGAUAACGCUUGGAGGGCACAUUAUAGGGAGGUAUUUGAUCAUGGCAUUCGUGAAGCUUUGUGCUGUCUGGGACGGGUCAAAUACUUGACUGUGCUAGAGGAAGAUGAAGUUUGUUCUGUGGCACAGUUACUUGGUGAUCUUGUCACUUACCGUGCAUCUGGAACAGGUCAUUUGGAGCUCUUGGCAGGACUAGCUUUAUUGCAGAAUCCUUCUUCCUUCUCUAAAUCGUAUGAAGAGUCAGUGGCUGUACCCAUUGAAAGGAUGCGCAAGGCUGCUUUCUACCAUCCAUUUGCUGAAGCAGCCUACACGGGUCUAUUACUGGAUAUAGGAAGAAAUCCUGUACUUUUUUCUUGUUCAUGGCUCUAUAGGCAAGGCAUUCUUGCUCCCUGGCUUUGGAACAGGCGACCUUUACUAGAAGGUGACAACUGGUGGCGAGGUCAUGCAGCAGCCUUCUUGAAACAUGUUCAUUUGUCAGCACAUAUGCUCAGAAAAGGGCGUGUUAAUCAAGGGAAGUGUAAAGCAGCAUACUUUAUUGUGGUUUUGCAUAAUGUGAAAUCUGUUGUAAUUGCUGUGAGGGGAACUGAGACCCCCGAAGACCUCAUAACUGAUGGUUUAGGCAGGGAAUGCUGCCUUACUGAAGAAGAAUUAGAUAGCCUGCUAAAUGGUGAUCAUUGUGACCCAUGCAUUCGUCAAAGAGUGGUUUCAUCCACUCCACACUAUGCACACUCCGGGGUAGUUGAGGCAGCACGUGAUCUUUACGUGCAAGUAGAUGGAAAUUAUGGAGAUGGUGGAUUUCUCUCCUCAUUGCUGGGAGUAGGAUGUGAGUGUGAGGGAUAUGGUGUGCGAAUAGUGGGACAUUCCCUUGGAGGAGCGAUUGCUGCAGUACUGGGAAUGAAGCUAUGCAAACAGUACCCAGAUUUACACGUCUACACAUAUGGUGCUCUCCCAUGUGUGGGUCUGGUGGUAGCAGAUGCUUGUUCAGAAUUCAUUACCAGCAUUGUAAACAAUGAUGAAUUUUCAGCGCGCCUUUCAGUAGCAUCAAUUAUGAGACUCCAAGCAGCUGCACUUAAGGCACUAUCAGAAGAUGGCACUAUUGAUAUUACAACAAUUCUUAAACUUGCUCACCACUUUACUUCAUUGACUGUCUGUCAGAAAAGCAUGAACGAUGGAGAAUCGUCAGUGAAUUCUUUGACAGCAAUGUCAAGUUGUACAAACCAAAUCAACCAUAGCCAACUUGAAAAUGGAUUGGCAAAGUGUGAAGCAGGAUCCUCUGUUUUGCAUGACAUAGAUACAGAUUUUAGCUGUGAUGAUGAAAUCGUUUCAACUGAAUCAUCAAAUCAUUUCAGCAGUCCAUUCAAUUGCUCCACUUCUGAUUCAAGUCCAUUUAGUGAUCCUUUAACCGAAUUUAUGGAGGCUGUUCCAUCUUCUGAAAAUAAGUCAUCAUUGAGUAUCCCAGAGUUGUAUUUACCUGGUCUUGUUAUCCAUAUUGUGCCACAGAAGGAUGGCCUUCAUAAACCAUUGUGGAAGCGCUGGAAAAGUUGGGAGAGAAGAUGCAGGUUUAGGGCGUAUGUAGCGAAAAGAGAAGCAUUCAAAGAUAUAAUAGUAUCACCAUACAUGUUCCUGGACCAUCUACCUUGGAGAUGUCAGAAUGCACUGGAAAACAUACUGAAGACUGGACAACUUAAAACUCCAGAUGAUGCAUCUGAAAUUGUGUGAUUGCUACUAAAGCAGUGGCUUUAGGCCCCAAAAAUUCAGUUACGAAAACAUAAGGAGAUAUACAUACAUAAAAGAGAACCACGUCUGAUGAAGG